AUGGGGUGGAACGUGUUUCGCUAUCUGGCGGACAUAUCCCACCUGGCUUCGAUAUGUAUCCUGAUCUGGGCAAUUCACCGGAACAAAAGUGCUGAGGGCGUUUCGCUCCUCACCCAAGGGCUCUAUGCGGUUGUGUUUGUGGCACGAUACCUGGAUAUAUUGAAGCCCUCGUCAUGGGCAUUUAGCCAUGGAGCGUCACUGUGGAAUAUUCUCUUCAAGCUCUUUUACCUCAGCUCAUCUUUCUAUCUUGUGUUCAUCAUGAUGAAGGUCUUCCCUCGGACACGAGAAACAGAACGAGCAUGGAAGCUUGGGAUCUACUCGGUGGCUGGAUCUUUGGUGCUGGCGCCGAUUGCGAUCGCUAUCCUGGAGGGGGGAUUCCCUCCGCCUUGGUUUCUAGAGCUUUGCUGGUCUUUCUCUAUCAUCCUCGAAUCGGUUUGCGUAUUGCCGCAGCUACUACUCCUGCGCCAAACCACUGUCCCCACCGUGAUUGACUCCUACUACCUCGGUGCUUUGGGAUCUUACCGGGCAUUCUACAUUUUGAAUUGGCUCGUUCGCGGAUUCGGCAAUCCGCCGAGCUGGGAUCCGAUUGCGCUUGUUUUCGGGCUUGUACAGACCGCUUUCUACGUUGACUUUGCAUGGGUUUAUUACUCGCGCCAGCGAGUGAAGCUCCGCAACGGUGGAGUGGUUGAUUCGGAGGAUCUCCGCAAGAGCUGGCUGGUCAAUCGUGUUCUCAACCUUCGCGGGGUGCGCGGCUCUAGCGAUGAGGAACAGGGUCUUAGAGAGGAUGCGGAAGGAGAUGAAAAUCGAGGCAGCAACAAUCGUUGGGGCGCCCGUGGUGUCUCCAUUGCUGCGGAUGACACGCUCGAUCACCACCAGACCCACGGGAAUAUCCAAAACCCUGAUGAUUUUGAGGGAGUUCUGGGGGAUGAUGGUUCUGACGAGGAUGAUCAUGAUCUCUCUAGUUCGCGCCACCAGACCACUGCAUGA